GGUUCGGAGCCGCUCAGUGCGACUCACAUCGUUCUAACAGACAUUAGUAACGGCGGAGAGUGGCGCAGAGCGCUUCGGUACGGCGUCAGUGAAUUGCUGCGACGUUCCAGCGCUUGUGCGUGACGUUUGCGGCUUCAGCACGUUAAGCAACUGUUUCAGACUACGUCGCAGCUGUUCGGACUGAGCGCAGCAGGCACCCAAGAUUACAAAUGGCGCCGCGCGACAUCACAAACUGCGUGCGACCGGCACCGACGAAACAAAUCACGCCGACGGCCCCGCGCCGCGCCGUCACGAAGGCGCCGGCGGACGACUGCGCACUGACGGCGAUUGUCACGCCGGACGGCCGCACGAGCGCGUGGCGCGGCGACCCCGCCACCCACCUGCCCGAAGAGGUCUUUCAUUUGGUACUGGCGCUGGCCGGCGGGCGCGCGUGCGUCGGCGCCGCAUCAGUCCGACGGGCGUGGCGCCUCGCCACAGCAACAACGCUAGAUAUAUUACCGCCCUUCGCUUCAUCUACAAACUCGUCGCUCCGCCUCACCUGGGCCGGCCACCGGCGUCACCGCCACCUGGUCGAGGCGAGGGACGGCGCGCACGGGACGUACGCGGCGGCGCCGGCCACGCGGAAACGCCGCGACGUCGACCUCGCCAAAGAGCUGCGACGGACGGGGUCGGGUUGGGGCUGCCUCGGUGCAAGCUUCGGCGGCGCGCGCGCGCUCGACGAUUGUAUUAUAGUCAUGGACCUCGCGGGCCGGGAAUUUGAAAAAAGGAAAGCGUGGCACGCGCGGGACCUGCCGUCGCUGUCCAAGCAAGGCGCGGGCUUCCUCGAGUUCGACUGCGGCUGGUCGCUGCGCGACGAUUUCGAUGAAGAGGCCCGGGCGAGGUGUCGGGACCUCUCGGCGCGCGGCGACGACGCGACGGCCCGAGUCGUGUUCUUCGAGAGUGUCGAGGCGUUGAGCAUCGACCUCGUGGCGUACUCAUUGAGUGAGGACGUUGUGAUAGAUUUGUGCCACUGGAACCCGGACUCGCGCGUCGACGAGAUCCACACGAUCGGGAGGUCGCUGGUCAUCGUCGCGGAGAGCGACGGGCUCUCUAGAGACCCCGUGAACGCCCUGGGAUCGCAUGUAUUGGUCCCGGCGUCCCUUUGGGUUAUUUUCUGUCGCGUCGAUGGCGUCGUACGCUCACCAAUCAAUACGCGCAGGUAUACAUGGGCGCCCAGAUCCAGGCGUCCCUGGCUACUGGCGAGGGCAUCGUGUCGCUCCAGGUCAAUUUCUGCGACAGCGAGGGCCUGGAACUUAGAGGGGUGCACGAAAAGCACGGGGCCGUGACGGUCACGGAUUGCUUGGGGGCAGCGCUCGACGCCGUCGAAGCUAAACGGCGGCUCGCGCGGAGUCUCUAGUGCACAUACAUAAGAUAGAUGUACAGGCAUAAGUUAUACUUGGGG